AAGUGGGGAGGGACUUUGUGGAGCAAGUUCUGAAUCAGAAGAUACAGGGUUGUUAUUUAAAUUGUUUUCGUGUGAAACUGAAAAGUCGGAAAACGGUUUGGAACGGGAUAUAACUAGCAGAAGUAGCUUCUUCCGGAUGCAGAAAUGGCAGACAAUUUUGACAGGGCUCCUGGCGCAGGCCGAGGCCGGGGUAGAGGCAGUAGUGGUGGACAGGGGCCACAGGAAGGUGGUCGAAUCCCGGCUAUGAGAGGAGCUGUUGGUGUGGCACAACCAAAGCUUAGACCACCAAUGACAACACCCCCUGUCGUAGAGUGCACCAUAUCAGACAGCAGAAAAUUAGAAGAUCCUCGUGGAACACAAGAUAAGUUUACAACAAAUGCCUACAGUGCAGCUGUGGUUAAAACUCAAAAAACAGAUUGUUCGUCACAGCAGUCGCAGCUUUCUGUGAACGCACCAGAAUUUUACCCACAGAAUUACCAAUCAAGUGCAGACUCUGGAAAUGAAGAUGAUCAGUCGCUUAACUUUGUACAGCGUUUCUUGCAUCACCUCACAGAGCAACCUGGCAGCUUUGAAGGUGAAAUAGACAGCUUUACUGCAACUGUUAAUAAAGUCGUUACUACAGAAAAGGCAUUGCGUCGGCUUGUUGAAUGCAUUUAUCAGCAGGCCACAUCCAUCACAAAUUUCUCUUACACAGGGGCAAGAUUAUGUAACCAUUUAUCUCAUCACCUUGCCAUUAGCCCUCAGAGUGGAAAUUUCAGGCAGUUGUUGCUUCUGAGAUGUCAAACAGAAUAUGAGAAAAGAAAUCAGGCAGCAAAAGGAGAUGAAGCCACACGCAAACAGUUCCAUGCCUUUGUCCUUUUUUUGGGAGAACUGUACUUACAUUUAGAGAUCAAAGGGACAAAAGAUCAAAUGACACGAGCGGAAAUUUUGCAGAUAGCACUUCUACAAUUACUGAAGUCACUUUUUUCCCACCCUUUCGACAGUAACGUAAUAUGUGCAGUGAAACUACUUAAGUUAACAGGAUCUGUACUGGAGGAUGCCUUAAGGGAAAAAGGAAAGGCAGAUAUGGAUGACAUAAUUCAAACAAUUGAAGAUAUUAUCUUGGAUGCAGACUGUAGCAGAGAUGUAAAAUACAUGCUGUUGAAAUUAGUGGAGCUGAGAUCCAGUAAUUGGGGAAGAAUUUAUACUGUCACAACAAACCAUGAAGCAACGCCAGAAAAUGACCCAAACUAUUUUAUGAAUGAGCCAACUUUUUAUACCUCAGAAGGAAUUCCUUUUACUGCAGAUGAUCCAGAUUACCAAGAGAAAUACCAGGACCUGUUGGAUCAUGAAUAUAUGCUUCAUGGCUAUUAUGAGAAUGGAACAGACCCACCUGGUGGCGGCGAUUCGUUCUCUUGUGAUGAAGAUGAGAUGGAUCCGGAAAUUGCAGAAGCAUAUGAGAAGUUCUGCUUAGAAUGUGAACAAAGAAAACCAUGAACAAGACUAGCAGUGUGUCAGAAAAUGCCUGUUUUACAGCAGCUUUUGUUGCCAUAUUAUACAACACAAGGUUGUAAAAAGUAAAACCUGAUGCUUAGUAGAAAUGCUGCAGUUAAAAUGUCAUAAAGGGCACUUUUUUACAUAGCUGGUACUCCACUUGGUGAAUGCUGAAAAGUUUGCAAAACUGCUGUCCUGUAACAUACAGACAACGUAUUAUAGCUCUUAUGUAAAUGAUACUUAGAUUUUCUUCAUUUGAGAUGAAAUGAAGUGAAUUUUUUUUGCACAUCUUUCAUCUGCUGUUAGUAUGGUGACAGCAGAAUAGACCAUCCAGAGUUGCAUCCCCAAGCCAUUGGAGAUUUUGCUGCACUGUGAUGGGAACAGACUUUUUGUUAUUUUGUUGCCUUUUGUUUUGGAAACCUGGUGUCACUCUGUUGAUAGAACAGCCGUUUUUACUGUAUGAAUUAAAACCAGGUUGUAGUGCUAUUUGCAUAUCCGAAUGCUUGUCUAAUAUUAAAGCAUUCACCACUCCAGUAUAACCGAAUUCAUUCUGUUAACACAUCACAGAUGUGUCAGUUCUUGACUAAUUUCAGUACUUUACAUUUCAGAUAUGGUUUGAAUACAUAAAAGCAGUCAGAGAAGAAUAUUUAACACAGAGACUGCUUCUUUUUGAGAUAAUUUGUUCUAUGGUAUUAGUUUUGUCUGUUUCAUCAUAUAUAAAUUCUAGUGCCUGAAAAACACAACAGUGUUUCGUAAACUGGGCAAGUCACAAUUCUGUGUGUUGACUUGUUCAUAAAAUCCUUGCUGUUUUCACAA